UCCCGCUGAGGACCCCAUAUGUUAGGGUUUAAGAAGAAAGAAAGAAAGAAGGAAAUAAAUCAGCCUUCAGCAACCUCCCUCGCGCACAGUCUCUCUCCCUCGCCUCCCUCCUCACGCAAACCACGGCCACCAGGGCAGACGUUCGCCGGUCGCCGUCGCACGCCGCUCGUCUCUGCCCAGCUGUGCGAUUCAGCCGCUGCUGUUAGUACCUUCAUCGCGCCGCCCACCAUUCGUUCGCAAAUUCGGAAUCUUCAAAAUGAAGAACUUGUUCAUUUCGACCCUAAUUCUUCAAUCGCGAUACCAGAGCCCCAAGCUUUUUCUGUACCAUCAAUGGCGAGGAAUAGCGAAGGUUCGUCUCAAAUGGGUCAAGAAUCGGAGUCUCGAUCACAUCAUCGACACGGAGACCGAUUUGAAGGCCGCUUGCCUUCUCAAGGACGCCAUUAAGCGCUCCCCUACUGGCUUCAUCACCGUCAAAUCCAUCGCCGAUUGGCAAAAGCUGCUCGGCCUGACCAUUCCUGUUAUUCGAUUCAUUCGGAGGUAUCCAACUCUUUUUCACGAAUUUCCCCAUUCUCGUUACGCUAAUUUGCGUUGCUUUCGUUUGACGGAUACCGCACUGUUUUUAGAUCAGAAAGAGAGUAGUAUACAUCAAGUACACGAGAAUGACACUGUCGAAAGACUUUGUAGAGUGCUUAUGAUGAUGAAAACUAGGGCUGUUCCUCUUCAAUCCUUGCGUCCCUUAGAAUGGGAUCUUGGUCUGCCAUGUGAUUUUGAGAGGUCAUUGGUUCCAAGAUAUCCAGAUCAUUUUCGAUUGGUGAAGGCCUCCAAUGGGGAUUGGUGUCUGCGGCUUAUGGAAUGGCGCGAGGAAUUUGCAGUUUCAGCCUUGCAAAGGAGCAAUCAGAGCUCUGAAUUGGGAGAUGCGUAUAGGCAAUUCAAAAGGGGGCAUACCACAUUGGCUUUUCCUAUGAAUUUUCCGAGGGGAUAUGGGGCACAAAAGAAGGUAAAAGCUUGGAUGGAAGAGUUUCAGAAGUUACCUUACAUUUCUCCAUAUGAGAGUUGUAGGCAAAUCGAUCCAAAUAGUGAUCUGAUGGAGAAAAGAGUUGUUGGGGUUCUACAUGAGCUUUUGAGUUUGACUCUUCACAAAAAAACUAAAAGAAACUAUUUGAGAAGCUUGAGAGAGGAAAUGAAUCUCCCCCAUAAGUUCACUCGAAUCUUCACUCGGUAUCCUGGAAUCUUCUAUCUCUCCUUGAAGUGUAAGACCACAACUGUGUCUCUCAAGGAAGGGUAUCAGCGAGGAAAGUUGGUGAACCCACAUCCUUUGACAUGUCUAAGGGAGAGAUUUUAUCAUGUCAUGAAGACUGGACUGUUAUACCGUGGGAAAGGUGCUGCAUUGUUGGAAAAGGAGGGCAUUUUGCUUAAUAAUACAGCCGAGGUGGUGGAGGAUGGUUUGGAUAUUGAAUCAGAUGAGGCAGGUGACGAUGAAUGUUCUGAGGAUGAAAACUCACAAGCUGAGGAAUCUGAUUCAGAUUAAUGGACAAUGGACAUUGGACUCAGAUAAAUGGAUCCUUCCUUUGCUAGUUGCCAAAAAAGAGGAACAAAAAUCAACGCCUCCUAUGUAUAUAUAUGAGAAAUGGGAGCUUACUCUUUUCCUUAUAUUUGUUUAUGCAUGUUGUUGUUCUUGCUUGAAAAAAAUUGUGUUGACAUGCAAUCGUCUUCUUGUAGUUUUCUUUUCUUUUUUGACACAAGUUAUUCCUUCAUUUUUCGUUCAGCACUUGUUGGAGGACCCUAAAAGAUUGGGAAGUUAGGGAGCAAUUGAUUUGAUUGCAAUUUAGGCAGAUUGAGUUGAGUGAUAUCUUUUGUUUUUCUUGCAGUUUCAUUGGUAGGUGACUCCAUCUAAGGAAUCGACAUUGUCCCAUGUAAUAAAAUGCCAUGUAGUUUAUGUAAUAAAUACAUAAGCUAUUGAGGAAAGAAAUGCUUUCUGGUGAAGAGAGAUUUGGAAAGAUGGUAUUAUGCACUAUUCCUGACUUGCGAAAAGAAAUGCAGAAGGUUUUCUAUGUAAGAAAAACAUUUUUCAUACUUUCAUGAUGUUCAUACUCAAAACUCAAAACUUGAUCCAGCAGAAAGCUCUGAAGAGAAGGACAUGGCUGGUAAAGAAAUUAUUUAUCUGCAACUCUGUAUAGAUUGGAGUAAGUUUAGUUUUAUAAUUUCUGGCCCUUCUUUGUCUCUGUUAUACUUUCUGCAUUAAAGGCUAAAAAAGAGUUAUUCUGGCACUUGUUUUCAAGAUGGUUAGUCAUUGCAAUGCAUUUCGUUUGCUUUUUUCUGUUUGAAACCAUAUCUGGAUUUAUAUUUGUUAGCUUGUAAGAUUAUGAACAAUGUAGAGACAAGCUACCCUAAAGUAUACAUGUGACCUUUGAUGUGCUGGUGUUGUAUCAAACUAGUUGGAUUCUUACUAUAGUUGAUUCAAAUAAAGACUGAUUCUGUUA